AUGCCACGACUGACACCAGAACAACGCGAGAGAGCCCUGGGUAUGAUACAGAUGGGAACCACUCAUGCCCACAUCGCCAGAACCUUCGGUUGUUCCCGUGUUACUGUUACAAACUUGAUGCAACGCUACAUGCAAACAGGGCAGACAUCAGGCAGGCCAAGAACAGGCAGACCCAGGGUGACUUCGCCCCGUGAUGACCGGUACUUGCGUACCUUGCAUCUACGAAAUCGCUUCCUGACAGUGACGUCAUCAGCAAUGAAUACCUUAGGUCACAGGGUUAGUCGACAGACAGUGGCCAGGCGACUCAGGACUCAUGGAAUAAGGGCUUACAGACCAUAUAGAGGACACUUACUGACACCACAACAUCGUCGUUUGAGAUUGACAUGGGCUAGGACUGUACUACGUUGGCAGCGACGUGAUUGGCUGCGGGUUCUUUUCACUGAUGAAAGCCGGUUCUCUUUGUUCAGAGUUGAUGGCAGACAGCGUGUGUACCGCCGUAGUGGUGAACGAGUGGCGGCUUUUUGCGUUCAGGAGGUCGUGCCAUAUGGUGGAGGGAGGUAUCUGUGCACAGGAAAGGACACCAUUGGUCAUCGUUCACGGAAACUUGACAGCUCAACGUUACAGGGAUGA